GCUUUCCUACAAUAACUUCAUAACAAAACAAGAUUUUGAAUUUAAAGAUAUAAGAAAAAUUAGAAAAUGAUCAAAGGGCUCUUGUUGGUUUUGUUCUUUCUAGUCAUUGCAAAGACUUCGGUUUCUCGUCCGUUCGCAUGGUCUAGGAGGGGUAACAUGCCAGGCCAAAACUACCCAGGCGAAAGUGGAUCAGGUCGUGGGCCUAAUUGGGAGUACAACUGGGGUUGGGGCUCUGCUCCAGGUUCUGGAUGGGGUUUCGGGUCGGGUUCCGGUAGAUCACCAACAGGGUGGGGAAGAGGAUCUGGAUACGGGUAUGGAUCCGGAUCCGGGUCAGGUAGCGGAUAUGGAUAUGGUUCUGGAGGUGGUGGAGCACGCGGUGGUGGGUAUGGUUACGGAAGCGGAAAUGGCCGUUCUGGUGGUGGCGGCGGCGGUGGUGGUUCCAACGGUGAAGUUGCCUCUUUAAGCCACAGUAGUAAGAUUCAUCCGUGAGGAUGUUUUGGUAAGUUCUCCCAACUAAAAUGUUUUGGGAGGAGUAUAAGUGUUUGUAAUACAGUAUUAAAGAUUAUUAGGUUUGGUACCCUCCUAAAUGUAACUUAUAUAUCUCCCUUUGUCUUGUAUGCUUUUAUAUAUAAGAUUAUGUGCUCGACGUAUCUUAUACCGUCUUUGCAUGUCUCUAAAGGUGUGAUCUCUUUAUAGUGUAAUUUGUGUAUUGUCUUCCAAACGCGUGUUUAGAUAAUUUUAAGACAAGAAAAUUUAUAUAUAUUAUCUCUUAGAUU